UUAAGGAUGUCGGAGGUUUUGUAGUUCCCGGGUUGUUGACCUGUCAGCGUUGUAGUACAAGCUGUCAACUGCUCCUACUUUGUCCUUCCUGCUAGUAGUUGCAGUAUUCAGCCAGCAACACAGCGAGGAGCUCCAGGGCGUCGGUCUACCGGGAUAGCUCCUAAAGUACUUAACCGUUGUUUCCGGUUGUCAGCUAACAGCUAACCAGCGAGCUAACGGCUAAAGCUAGCUUCUAGCUUGCUAGCUAGCAUUCGACGGUAGCUAGCAGCUAGCUUCUCUUUGCAGUGCGAGGUCAGGAAGCCGCCCACUCCUGCAGAGCAGCAUCCAGGACUAAAGACUGAACAAUGGAGGCCCAAAGCUCCAGCGGGCUGCUGCUGUCCAGAAAGAGGAGAAGAGAGGGCUCCAAUCGGGAGACCGAGGAGGGAGAGAGGCUUGGGAAAAUCCCCAGAUGUACUGUGGGUUUAAAGCACCCUGCACCUUUCGCAGAUGAGCUGGUGCCAGCUGAUGGUAAACCCUAUGAGAGAGUCACCAUGGAAGAGGCAAAGAGGGGAACAAAACUUGAAAGACCGGUGCGGGUGUAUGCAGAUGGCAUCUUUGACGUUUUCCACUCAGGUCACGCCAGAGCGCUCAUGCAGGCUAAGUGCCUCUUCCCAAAUACACACCUCAUCGUAGGAGUGUGCAGUGAUGACCUGACCCACAAAUACAAGGGCUUCACAGUGAUGAACGAGGACGAGCGAUACGAUGCCAUCAGACAUUGCCGCUACGUGGACGAAGUAGUGCGAAACGCUCCCUGGACGUUAUCGCCAGAGUUCCUCAAAAAACAUCGCAUUGACUUUGUGGCCCACGACGACAUCCCAUACUCCUCAGCUGGCAGUGAUGACGUGUACAAGCACAUCAAGGAAGCUGGUAUGUUCGCUCCCACCCAGCGGACAGAGGGCAUCUCCACCUCCGACAUCAUCACACGCAUAGUCCGUGACUACGACGUGUACGUCAGACGCAACCUGCAGAGAGGAUACACGGCAAAGGAACUCAAUGUCAGCUUCAUUAACGAGAAGAAGUACCACUUGCAGGAGCGCGUGGACAAGGUGAAGAGGAAGGUACGUGACGUGGAGGAGAAGAGCAAAGAGUUCGUCCAGAAGGUAGAGGAGAAGAGCAUCGACCUCAUCCAGAAAUGGGAGGAGAAAUCCAGGGAGUUCAUCGGCAACUUCCUGCAGAUGUUUGGCCCUGAGGGAGCUCUGAAGCACAUGCUGAAGGAAGGGAAGGGCCGCAUGCUUCAGGCCAUCAGCCCAAGGCAGAGCCCCGACAGCAGUCCCACCCGCGAGGAGCGCUCCCCCUCUCCCCCUUUCCGUCUCCCCUUCUUCAACAAGACCUCCCCGCCUCCCUCGCCUCCUCCCCACCACAGCGGAGCCCGCGGAUACCUCAUCAGCGAGGAUGACGACGAAGACGACGAAAACUAAAGCACCUUUGAAUCCUUCACUGUUGUCGGGCCGCAGUUAGACGCUACUGAGCUGUCGUGGUUUUCAUCAAGCUCCUGCUUCCAUUUUUCUUUGUUUGUUUUGACAUUUUUAGCACUUCAGUUUCACAUUAAUUGUAACAGCCAGUUUCUCCACGGCUCUUCUUUUUAACAGCCAAUUAUGUCCUCUUUGUUUUCGUGCAAAGAUCAGUAAAAGUCACCACUAGUCAUCUGAGUUCUUUGAAAAUUAGUCUCAUUUAUCUAUGUCACUUUUGAUGUUGAGUUUAUUAGUCACUCACUGUCACUUAGGAAUAUUUGCAGGGGUCACACUCAGUGCACUCUUCCAUCUAUGACGGUUUUCUUAAGGUCGGCGUUGUAGUGAGGUAGGGGUUUAUGUUUUUGUCAUGGCUUUAGCGGGAGGGCUCGUAGGUUUUUGGUCCCUUGCUGGAACAGCGCAUCUAGUUUGGUGUGGGAGAGGUGAGACCUCACAGAGACACUGUUGAAUAUCUCCAGUUUUCAGAGCAGGUCAGAAAACUGGACAUUUAAACGAUCUGCUCAUGUGGGGCAGUUUAUAUUCUGCUCGUACUAACUAGAAACCCACCUGACUUUUUUUGAAAUAGCAGGGAAACUCCAGAUUACAUCAAAUCUGAGCUGAACAUGAGAGUCGAGUGUUAUACGUCUACUAAACAGCAGCUUUUCCCCAAGUUUGUCUGCCUGCUUUGGGGCUGUGCGUGCGUGUCUGUGUGUAUGUGCAUGUGAUUGUGCGUGCAAGCUCUUACGUCGGCAUGUUUGAAGCGUCUUCGGUCAACCAUCUGUUGACAGACAUGGAUUCAGCUUUGACUUUACUGCUUUUUAUUUGCUUUUAAAUGUUUUUUCGUCUGCUGACAAGAAUCAGUCUUUGGAAGACGAGUUUCAAACUGGACGCCUUUCUCGUGACGUAAAAAGAAAGUCUUGCGAGGACGACCCAUUUAAAUGUUGAUGUAGAAAUACUUAUUUUUGUAGAUUUCGUCUUUCCUUUCUCUAUCCUCUGUACAGAUCUUAAUCAUCUCUGUUUAGAAGUGACAGUUUGAGCAGUGAAUCAACACGAGCAAGGCUGGAGUUACAGUAUAUAUAUUUUUUUUUCUUUUUGGUAAUGCAUCACCUGGGCCUGUAGGGAAGUAAUAAUCUUCAUCUGAUAAACGUGAUGACAAUAGUAAGUAUUAUGUUUUCAUAAAUCAAAGAAGACCUGAUAACUGUCUAAAUUCCCUACGUCUCAUAAGAAAUUACAUCUUUUGGUUAGUUGGAGUCAUAAGCACACUGUUAUGAGUAAGGCUUCCUCAUUAGUAGCACACAUAAAUGGAAAAAUAUACAAGGUCGUCCCAAAUAGUUAGGGCUUUGGGUAUUUUUUCCAAAUCUUGCACCAAUCUUCAGGACUUCUGAGUGUGUGCACACAGCCUCCAUCGGUUUAAAGAUGUAUUUGGCAGAUUGGACGGCACUGCGUCACAUAACGGUGUGAGGGGUUCAGAUUUAUGCAUCAAUGAUCAACAUUUAUGUAGCUACCUCCUUCCCUGAACUGAUUCUGUUUCCUGAGAUGAGCACAAAGUAUGAGCAUUAUUUUUUUCCUUUCUGAACAGAGCCAUUGUUGCAGCACUGAAGCAAUGUGACUGGGUCGCAUAUUUGAGAUUUUCCGGCCUCGGUGUGUGUGUGUGUGUGUGUGUGUCCUGCAUCUACGGUGAUUAAAGCAUGUGUUGUGUCUCCUAUAUAACCGCAAAAUGAAACCUCACAGGUGAUCUGAAGAUGUAACGCAAUACUGUUAGAUGACUCUAAUAUAAAUGUCGACAGACGUGGGAUUGAUCUGUUCUAGGCUUGGUUUCCCAAAAAGAACUUGUGGUUUAAAUCUUGCUGCAGCGACAAAGACUGCCUCUAUUCUUGUGGGUGUAAAUCAGAUUUUAAAUGUUGGGAAAUAACUCAAAAGAAUUUCCACGGUUAUAAAUUCCUACUUUUGGUAUUAAAAGUACAAAGCCAGUAUAAUUUGCUGAGCAAAAUCCAGCCGUGAUUUUGGUGCUAAGCUACUUUUGGGAACCCUCGCCUCGAUUCUUGUGGAAUCUGUUCAGGUUCAAGAUGGCAAAGACUCAAGUGGCAAGCCAAUAACGGCCACUACUGCUAGAUACAAAUGUAAAUGUUUUUAACAGCGUUUUAAUCAUGUGUUAUUUUACUGUUUGGGGUUAUUUUUGUUUAAUUUCCUGGAUGUAGAGGAAGGGCAAGACAGGAAAAAUGUAUUAAACAUGUUGGCCAAAGCA